ACUCACUACAAAAACAGUAAAUCUCUAAUGAAGUGUUAAUGUUCUGAAAUUUACAUGGCACAACCAACUUUGCGGGCUGGCUACGCACGUCACUGCGAUAAGGACAAGUAGAAAUUCUACUUUGAUGUUUGUGUAACUAACUGUUAGUGUUUUAACAUUUUCAGCUAACCGACAGUCAAUUUAAAUAACAUGCUAAGUAGUAUCUUACGACGAGAUAAUUUACCUACACCUCAAGCACGUGAACGUUCUGCAUCAGCACCCUCAAUAUCAACUGUCAACAAUCAAUCAUCCUCUCCCAAUUUACCCCGACCCUCCCCUGAUCUUUCACAGUCCUCAUCAACUCCAUCUCCUAGUCCUGUACUUUCCAGCAAAACCCUUGUUUCACCCAUACAAUCCCCUCUACCUACUUUUGUUGAAUCCGAGUUACGCGAAUCCGCUGGUUUAAAGAUUAAAAUUGAAAAAUCUAAUCUUUCUCCUGAAUAUGACUGUUCUGUUGUGAAAGAGGAGCCAGAUUUAGCAUCAUCGCUAUGCAGUUGUUCUACUGGUAAAGAAAUUCCACCUGGUCUGUAUUAA